AUGGCGAGAACCAUUUUGCUUCUUGUCGCUGUGGUCCUUGUAGCUUAUUAUGUUUAUGUCCCUCUUCCAGGUGAUAUUGAGGAGCCUUGGAAACUGCUACUUGAAACGACACAUCUAAAAAUAAUAAUGGAUUUGAUUUCUUUUGCUGAACAUUUGGGAAUCAAUCAUUUCAUGGACUCAAUACAGUUCCUUAUGAGAUUUCAAGAAGUCCCAGCCACUUCUGAUGAAACUGUCACUGUGACUGAGACAACUUUCAACAGUGUUCCUGUCCGCAUCUACAUGCCCAAAAGGAAGUCAGAGACACUCAGGAGGGGCCUGUUUUUUAUUCAUGGCGGUGGUUGGUGUUUGGGGAGUGCUGCUUUUGUUAACUACGACCUUCUGGCAAGACAGACAGCUGAUAGACUUGAUGCUGUUGUCGUGUCAACCAACUAUGGCUUAGCCCCCAAAUACCAUUUUCCACAUCAGUUUGAAGAUGUGUACAGUGCCUUGCGAUGGUUCUUACAAGAAAACAUUCUUGAAAGAUAUGGCGUAGACCCUAGAAGAGUUGGUGUAUCUGGGGACAGUGCUGGUGGGAACUUAGCUGCAGCUGUGACCCAACAGCUCAUACAUGAUACAGAAGUCAAGACCAAACUCAAGGUCCAGGCCUUAGUAUAUCCUGCUCUUCAGGCUCUUGAUAUGAAAUUACCUUCAUACCAAGACGGUUCAUAUUUUCCAUUUUUACCCAUCUCAUUGAUGGUCAGGUUUUGGAGUGAAUACUUUACUACUGAUCGAACUCUGGAGAAAGCCAUGCUUCUCAACCAACAUGUACCUAUGGAAUUCAGCCAUCUGUUCCAAUUUGUGAACUGGAGUUCCUUGCUCCCUGAGAGAUAUAAGGCAGGUCACUUUUAUGAGAGUCCCACUCCUGGUAGUUCUGAGCUUGCUAAAAAAUACCCAGGGUUUCUAGAUGUGAAGGCAUGCCCUCUGUUGGCCAAUGACAACACAUUGAGUCAUUUACCUCUGACCUAUAUCAUCACUUGUCAGUAUGAUGUCCUAAGAGAUGAUGGACUCAUGUAUGUCACGCGGCUUCAGAAUGCUGGAGUUCAUGUGACUCAUCAUCACUUUGAGGAUGGAUUCCAUGGAGCAUUCACCCUUCAUCGUUUUAAAAUUGCAGACAAGAUGCAAAAUCAGUACUUGAGUUGGCUUAUGAAAAAUCUAUAG